UAAAAAUCUAAUCUAAUUCUUAGAAAACGUCCUCGGUCACCUUCCCUCACUCUCAUUUUCCUAUUGACCACAAUUGGUUUCAGCUGUUUUUCCCCUUAUCAACCGUUUUCCGAUAACGUUUUUUCUAAAUGGCUCAACAAGAGUAUAAGCUUCUCGGUGAGCAGUUGUUUACAUAUAAAGGCCAGGUGUUUCCCGUGGCUGACACGUAUGAAUUAACCACGGAAUAUAUCGACAGCUUGGAACACUUUGAGAUCAAGGACAGUGAUGUUGUCCUUGUCACUUUCCCCAAAUCAGGUACAGUAUGGACCCAGCGUAUCAUCACCCUGUUGUUUGAGGAUGAUUUCCCAGAGGAGGCUAACCAGACCACCUUUGUGAGGAUGCCCUGGCUGGAGAUCCUGGAGAAGGGGAAGACCUACACCGAGAGACCCUCUCCACGCCUCUUCUGCUCCCAUCUACACCAGGAACUUAUGCCCAAGGGCCUGCAGAAGAAGAGGGCCAAAGUGGGUGGGGUAAUCUAUGUGACCAGGAACCCUAAAGACAUCCUGGUGUCUUACUUCCACUUCUCUAAGUUCAUGAAGAAUCUGGACAGUCCAGAACACUAUGACGAGAUGCUGGACAAGUUCUUCUGUGGAUGGAUGCUUGGUGGCUGCUGGUUCGACCAUGUCAGAGGAUGGUACAACAACCAGGACAAAUACAACAUCAUGUUCCUCAGCUAUGAAGAGAUGAUCAAGGACCUGAGAUCGGUGGUAGAGCGUCUGGCUGAGUUUGUCGGGAAGAGUCUAUCUGAUGCAGCUAUAGACAGCAUAGUGGAGAAAGUCACCUUCAAUAACAUGAAGAAAGAUGACAAGGCCAACUAUGAGUUCUUGCCUGAGAUCGUCAAUGACAAGAAGAAGGGGAAGUUCCUACGCAAAGGUACCAUAGGAGACUGGAAGAACUUGUUGACGGUGGCUCAGAGUGAACGCUUUGACCAGAUCUAUCAGGAGAGGAUGAAGGACCUGUCUCUCAACUUCGUCUGGGACAUCACAGAGCUUCACGGCUGAUACAGACACACAGUGGUGGUUCUAGUUUGUACGGCUCCUUGGGCUAACCGUCCUUUCAGCCCCCCCC